AUGGGGAAAACAACAGACCCAGAUCAGCUUCAAUAUCAAUCUGAUCUCAACCUAUAUCAGCCGCGGCAACACUCUUCAGUUGGAUUUAUCGGUCAAGCAUGGCCAGCUAAUAAGAUUGUCCUAGUCGCUUUAUCUAUAACAUCCUGCGCCAUCGUGUUGGGCAUCUCGAUUGCGCUCGCCGUCGAUCCGGACAUCCAAAGUUACAUUGUUGUCUGGACGGCUCCGCAGGCCGGCGCGGCUCUGCUCUGGUCCGGCAUCGACCUCGCUACCACAUACGCGGGAAGAAUAAACCACCGGCUAAUCCACCCGGGCGCUCAAGUAGCAGUACACCUCUUACUAUGGAUGGGAUUCUGCGUCGGGAUUGGUUUAACGGCGUAUAUAUUGUCGUGGGCGCUCGCCUUUGCUAGCUCGGACGACCCCGAAGCUUAUCCUGAAUAUUACGAAUAUUAUCAUGGUGAUAAUAACGACUAUUACGAGUAUUACAGCAAAUCCUACAUCCGGUCAAUGGAGGCCCUCGUAGCAUUUCUAGCUCUUUUGAUACCAACCUCGACACCAACCUCGACAUCUACGCCGGCGACAGCCUCACCCGCAGCUGAUCCCGUCGCGACUACCCUCGCUGCUGACCAAGCUACUCUAUCUUCGGCGACGGUCGCCACCAACGGCGCUCUGCCUGACCAGCAAGAGCAGAAGCAGAAGCAGAAGCAGCAGCAUCAACAGCAGCAAGAAGCUGUUGCGCCGUCACCGGAAGUCAUGUCGAACAACCCACCUCACCAUACUCAGGGCCCACCUCGACAGCCCGCUAGCUACCCGAAUCCUACGGCAUAUGCGACGUCCGCGAUGGCGACUACGCACUACGGAUAUGCAAACCCGGCGGGUCAAGGACCGGACGCGUACCGGGCGAGCGUGGGCGUUCCUAGCAAUGCUAUGGCGUUGCCAAGCAUGCGCACGUUCGACCCAGCUCAGCAGCAAGCUCAGCAGCAGCAGCACAUGGCGAUGGCGAUGCCUGUAAACCCCGUCCCGUCGGUUCCCUCGAUGCCGGCUCAGCAGCACAUGUCCUACUUCGCACAGCAACCCGUACCUAUGAAUGCGAAUAACCCGUACGCCCUAACCCCCGACGCUCUAAGACCGCAAUAUGCUCUACCUCCAAGCGGACCAGGUAGCGUGCUAAGCGGUCGACAUAAGAAGUGCGACGAACAACAUCCCAUCUGCAAGAACUGUCAGAAAUCCAAACGCGAAUGCCUGGGCUACGAUCCCAUAUUUAAGAAUCAACAACAGCAACAUCAUACCAAUAUUCGACCAGCUCCCAAUAAUUCGUCGGCCUCCUCUUCCGUACCGUCGAGUCGACCUCCUGCCUCUUCUACGCCCGCGUCUGGCGGUGCGCAAACCCAGACUUCUUAUACUGCUACCCUCCCCCCGGUAAUAUCUAAUACCACUCCUACUACCGCAACAUUCACCGGAAACCUGACAGCCGCGGGAACAGCUGCGUCAUCGGUCAAGGGCGAGCCCGCUCUCGAAUACCCGGCCGCUAUCGAUCCUACUUUAGACACCGUAUUGUCCACCACGAGUACGUCGCCUUCUCAUUUCCAAGCCAUCACACCCAUUACCCCAAUUCCUCCUCACAAUCCGUUCGGCACAUCCCGCCUCAGAGCAAGGAAGAUGAAAGUUCACGAGCUCGUGAGCAUGACCGGCACCGUGCCCCCGACCCUCGACUCGCCCCUCACCGGCGACAAGCUGGCAGACGUGAGGGAUCUAUACGAUCAGGUCUACGCCCCCGGCCUGGAGAAGUUUUUCGAGACGGAAUGGUACACCAAGCCUCAAGGUGUCGGUGCGUUGAUGUCCAGCACGGCCGUCAACGAGAUGCUGGCAGGGUUUUUGCAGUCGAUGGCUAAGACGGAUGCUAAUGACGUCGCCGGGAUGCAAUAUUCGGCGAACCUCGAAUUCCGAGUGGUCUGGGAUCUGACCACGUUAGUAUACGCGUCCGAGUACAAGAUUAAUGUUGGGGAACAUCUACCACCUUCCGACGACGGGUCCGAAGCGCGAAAUCGAGUGGCGGUCUUCGAGGCCCUGUUAUCAGGCGAUCACCUCGAUCAGAAUCCUCUUCAUCCGCCCCCCGCGAACGCCGAUAUACGACUUCACCGGAUCAGGGAGUUUAAGUUUUGGUAUUUCCUUGCCGAAUUUCUUCGCGUGAGAGAUCAGCCGGGCGUGGAUACUAUGCGCCAGCGCGACUAUAUUCUCGGGCAGCUGCGCGAGCUGCUAGAUGGGCGUGAAAAUCGAGACGUCCUUUACUCUCUCGCCGUCAUCCGGGCGCUAGCGCCAAACUUCCCUCCGGAUUUCGAAAGCACCUUGCCUCCGCAUCUUGACGAGACCGAUCCCAAAAGUAAGUUGGCCGUCGCUCGCAAGUUCGUCCAGGACGAGUCUCAAGUAACGGGGGGCACUACCAAUGUCGUACGCCGCUUCUCCGAACUUGCGGUUAGGGCUUUUAUCGCCCCCGGUAGCAAUAUCACGCGGAGAUAA